CUGUGGAGCCAUCAGAAAUGUUCACUUCCUCCCUCUGAGGUUUGUCUGGCUGAGUGGCUAAAAAAAGAAGAAGAAAAAGGCUCAGCAGAAUAUCCUGACAAGCCUGCUGCGAGCAUGGACCAUGAGGUGGUGGGGCACAUUGUCCUUCUGGUCAUAGUCACUCUUUUAAGUGUCAUCCAAAAUGCCUUUUUUGCAAACAAAGUAGAACAAGAAAGCAAGAACAGUACGGGCAAAACUGUUCACCGUGGCGGUUCAUCUGCCUUUGAGCGAGUCUUUACUGCCAACCAAAACUGCAGAGAUGCCUAUCCCACCUUUCUUGCCGUGCUUUGGUGUGCUGGCCUGCUGUGCAGCCAAGCUCCUGCUGCCUUUGCUGGACUGAUGUACUUGUUUGUGAGACAGAAGUACUUUGUUGGCUACAUGGGGGAGAGGACACAGAGCACGCCUGGUUACAUUUUUGGAAAACGCGUCAUAUCUUUCUUGUUCCUUAUGUCUGUUGCUGGAGUCCUCAACUAUUACCUGGGUCUCUUGUUUGGAAGUGAUUUUCAAAUGUACAUAAAAACUAUAACUGGCACCAUCUCCCCACUGCUGCUUAUUCCUUAAAUCUCUGCAGAAAGAGAGGGAAGGAGGUGAGAGAGAAUGGAAGGGGUCAGUGUGCUUAGCCAAUCAAUAUCCAGAAGCAGAUGUUUGAAAUGAACCUACAAAGCCCCUUUUAGAUUGCCAUAAAUCCAAUGCUCCUUGGGACUUCGUAGGUAUGAUUUAUUGUGCACAGUUGGCAUGUCUUUGGAGAAGAGUAAUAUGUUCCUGUAAUUUAUGAGGUUUCCUUCUAUAAAUGGGGUUGGUCACUGAAUUCUUAAGUGCAAGGGAAUUUUUUAUGCUGCCAUCCAAAAAACUUUUUUUACAAGAUACCAAGGCAUAAUGCCUGAUUUUGUAAUCUUUUUGAAUUUGUAAUUCCUAUGACAGUUAAUGGAACUGAGACUUCCAACUUGGUAGAAAUAGGGCCAGACAUAUGGCAGUCACACAAGCUCACAGCCCUGUUUUAUCAUUAUCACAUAAGCUUAAUAUGCCUAAAAAUAAACUAUUAUGUAUCUUUCUCUCUCUAGAAGGUUGUUUUGGAACAUGCUGGUAUUUUAAAUAAAGUUACUUAC